AUGGGUGUCGUGGCUAGUGCAAAGAGUGACGUGGCGACUGCAAACGGUGAUGUGGUGGCGGGGGUGAGAGAAGCGGGGGAAGGUGCAGCAGCAGACGAGGGCGUGUUCAGUGGUUUCGGUGGCGACGCGCGAUACUUCAAGAGGCUGGGGGGUGGCAGCAACGCGUCAUCAUGCAGCAGUGCAGACAGCGUGGAGGGGCUUUCCACGGUUCUCCCUACCGAGCUCUCUGGGAAGCUGCGCAUCCUCCUUGUAAGUACAGGCGACAGCUCGUGUUUGCUGCAGGUAUGUUGGUUCCUCCUUCUGCCUCCUUCAUACACCUUGAGUGGAGGGGCUCUUUACAGUUCUCCCUGCCGAACUGUCGGGAAAGCUGCGGAUUCUCCUUGUAAGCCCAGCCUAUGUGUGGGUGUGUGCUGCAGGCUCAAGGUGUUUGGGCGGCAUGGGAGAGAAGCGAUCACUUCUGAGCUGGGCUUAAACCUGCUCAAGGUCCUCGUGGGGAGAGGGAGAAUGAGGGUCAAGGUGUUUGGGCAGCACGGAAGGGAAGCCAUCACUACCGAGCUGGGCUUUAACCUUCUCAGGGUUCUCGUGGGGGAGAGAGAGGUGGUGGAGAAGGGAGGGCCGGGGAGAAACGACGAUUCGGGAGGAGGGGAGGAAGUUACGGAGGGAGAAGAGAAGGAAGGGAAGGGUGAAGGGGAAGAGGAGAAGAGUGAGGAAGUGGAGGAGGAGAAGGGGGAGGGGGGGAGGGAGGGGGGAGGGAAGGAGGGGUCUGAGGGUGGAAUAAGGUGGGAGCAACUGGCUCUGAUCUGGCCACACCUGGUUAUCACGGUGGUGCCCAUGGAGAAUGUGAACGGGCGCAAGAAGGUGGAAGCAGGAGAGCUUUGUGAACGACGAAACGGUCGUGGUGUGGACAUCAACAGGAAUUGGGACUGCGACUGGGGCGUGAAAGAAACGGACUACAACCCUCUGGAGGAGGCUCCUGGCACGCACGCGUUCAGCGAGCCAGAGGCAGACGCGAUGCGACAGCUGGCAGUGUGGUUCCGCCCACACGUGUGGGUGAACGUGCAUUCGGGAAUGGAGGCUCUUUUCACUCCCCUGGACCACCGCGGGGAUGGCGUGGAUGGGAGCACGCUCGCUGCCAUGCAUGCAUGGACGCUCUUUUCACUCCCCUGGGAUGGGGGGAGGGAUGGUGUUGAUGGGAGCACACUCGCUUCCAUGCAUGAGAGGAAGUUGGGGGGGAAGGAGGAACAGAGGAAGGGAGGGCAGGAGGGGUUGAGAGGGCAAUGA